CGCUGGUGGCUGGCUUGGCUGAUGCUGUUGGUGCUCGCAGCCCGGAGAAGGGUUCCGACCCCCUGUGACAGAGGCGUGUUUCAAAAAAUGCCGCAGGUAAAUAAAGAAAGCGAGAGGUUCCGGCCAACCAAGGAGGGCUUUAUUCCACCAGACGACAGACAGCAACUUUUCUGUGAGGACUGUCAAGAGUUCUUUGAGAACAGCUGCCCAGUGCAUGGUUUACCGUCUUUUAUAAGAGAUACGCCAGUCGAGCUUGGAUUACCCUGCCGGGCCUUCUACACACUUCCUGCUGGCUUGGCAGCAGGACCUUCCCAGACUCAGGAAAAUCAGCUGGGCAUUUGGUGUGUUUCCAAGGCACUUCCCAGAGGAAUAUUCUUUGGACCUCUAGAAGGAAAACUGGAAUGUUACGAUGUGGUUGGAAGAACAUCUUUAAUUUCAAAGGAGCUUGGAGACAGUGGUGAAAAAGCAGGAGAAACUGAGGUCAACCAGUCACUCUCAAAUUGGAUGAGAUAUGCAAACAAGGCAAGAACAAAAGAAGAGAGCAAUGCAGUCAUUUUCCAGUUUUAUGGGAAGAUUUACUACCGGGUUUGUAAAAAUAUUGAAUUGGGCCAGGAGCUUCUCUUGUGGCCUGAGGAGAAUCUUGUUCAAUCAGCACAGGGGCUAAGUAACACACAGAAGGACAAUGAUGUUGUCAAUACUUGCACAGAUGUAUUGGAUAAAGAGCUUGAGGACAGAAUAUCGACAGAUGGUGCUGAAAAGUCAGCUGAGGUACCUCCGUCUGUGCAACUGUGCACCAAGCUAACUGUAGCAGUAAAGGACAUGGAGCGUAAGGAUGUGGUGAAAGUAGAUCAGCCUGUUAAAAGGUCGCAGCGGCUUCAAAUCAAACAUGAAAUUCAGAACAAACUGUCAAAGAAGAAAGUGAAUCGGUUUGCCUUGAAGAAGCUCAAAUCAAGAUUAACUGAGGAGGUAGUGCUCCCAGUUAGUUCCUCCAAACAGGAUGACAAGAAGCAGAUUGAUCCUGGGAUUGACAAAAAGGCACAAGAUGCCAGUAACAUUAAGGCUAAAAGGCUGAAGAAAAAUUAUCAGUUUGGACUUGGUGAGAGGACUUUGCGAUCAUUAAUAUGCAAGAAGACUCUUCGAAGUCCUCCAGUUCGAAGAGCUCGAAUGAUACACACUGGACUCGAUUCAGACAGACUGAAAGUGCAGGUAACACAAGAGGACAUACUGAAAAAGAGGAAAACAAAGUUGAGACACAAUCAGAAGAGGAAUAUUGACAGCCUAGAUGAAUGCUGUGAACAAAAUACAGAGACCAAGUCAACUGACAAUUGUGGGGAAGCAAAAUCAGGUGGAGAUUUGCCCUUGUGUAAUAUGAAGGGGGAUGGGCAAAAACCUCCAGUAGAAAAUGGAGAUCAUGUUCAUGCAAAGGAUAAUCUCACACCUACGAACAAAUCGGGGGGAAGUAAGAAGUUUUGUCGGCGCAACAGUUCCCAGAUUGACCCCAGUGAAAGGAGGUACCAGUGUGAUGACUGUGGGAAAGGUUUCAUUCAGUUAUGUCACCUGAAGAAACAUCGUUUCACACACACAGGGUACAAACCGUACAUGUGCAAUGAAUGUGGGAAGCGCUAUAGCUCUGAGGAGAGUUUUAAAGCCCAUCAGAUGCUGCAUAGAGGAGAGCGUCCAUUCAAAUGUCAGCAAUGCGAUAAGGCCUAUGCAUUGAAACGAGAUCUUCGAGAGCAUGAGCGGGUUCACUCAGGCGAACGUCCAUUUGUAUGCAAUGAGUGUGGAAAGGCAUUCGCCAGGCCACCAUCACUCCGGAUUCACAAGAAGCUGCAUCGCCUGAAGGCCAUGAACAUUGGCAACCCACGGGCAUGUCGCUGUAGUGUGUGCGACAAAGAGCUGGCCAAUCCCGGCUCACUGAAGAACCACAUGAGGCUGCACACGGGCGAAAAGCCAUUUACUUGCACGUACUGCGGCAAAGCCUUCAGGCAGAUUGGCAACCUCCGUGGACAUCAGCGCAUCCACACUGGGGAGAAACCAUACAAGUGUGACGACUGUGGUGAGUUUUUCUCACAGCUGCCUGAACUACGCAGGCACCGCAUUUCACACACAGGGCAGGUCUACCUCUGUACGAUAUGUGGCAAAACGUUGAGGGACCCGCAUACCUUCAGGGCUCAUGAGCGCCUGCAUACGGGUGAACGACCCUUUAAAUGCGAUCAGUGUGGUAAGGCUUACACCCUUGCAACCAAGCUCCGGAGACAUCAGAGAAUCCACUUGACUGAAAAGCCGUUUAAAUGUGACAUCUGUGGCAAAGGGUACACAAUGACUCAGAGCUUAAAGAGGCACAGGCUGUCUCACAAGAAAAGUGAAGCACGAAGUGUAGGGGAGGUCGCUGAAGCCAUCGCCUCUUUGGAGAAAGAAAGUUCUGAAAGUAAACCUCCUGCAGAAACAUCAAAACAAAUUAGAAAAGUGGGUUUAAAGGCGGCUGGUCAAGAGAGCAACAGCCCUCUCAGAAAUGAAAGUGUUGUUUUCAACCUUUACGUGCACACCAUUGAAAUGGUAGAAAUCCCAAAUGAGGAACAGGAGGAGAGUGUAAAGGCAGGUACUGAAGGCCAGAGUGCAAGUGAACAGAGUAUUACAUUCCAGCAGGUGGAGCACAAUUUAACUCCGGAGUCAGGAGAAGUGGUCAAAGACAAUUUGCAAGAUGCAUUCACUCAGGCGGGAAGUCAACAACGUGCGAAUGGAGAUAUCAUAGAAAUAAUUAUAGCAGACUCAGAAGAUUACACUGAUGAAGUCACUUCCAGAAAUUGUGCUGCAAUAGAGCAAGAGAAAUUGGCCAACAAUGCUGUUGUUAUUGAAGAGGACAAUGGGUUUAAUAUUGUAGCUGAGAUAGUAGAAAUAUCAACUGGAAGUUGAGUUCCAUUAACAAUGUCUUUAUUAACAUGUUCAACUUUGUACAUGAAACUGAAGCAGUUACAUUUUAGAUCGUGCCUGACACAAAUGAAGCUCUAUAGUACAAGUGAUUUGACUGCCGUUGAUUGAAAAGACUUAUGGCAGCAUCCUUGCACUCAAACUCCACACGUUUCUUUGUAAGUGCAUUAUGUAAAUCAUUAUAGGUUUUUAUAGUGGAUUUAUUUAUAAUCCUGUGCCAGAAUUAUUUGAUGAUGAAGUGCGUGAGCAAUGGCUGUCAGACUAACUCAAAUGCCGCGAAGAUUUCAAUACAAAACUAAUUAAUUUUGCAGCUGAAGGACAAAAAGCAGUUGAACCACUUGCCUCUGGUCACUUUUGUUAAUGUUGCAAUAUGCACUAAGCUAACAUUUCCUGGUUAUGACAUGUAGUGUCUCUGUCUAAACAUGCAAGAUAAAUUAAAAUUAUUAAAAAUAAUAAUUAAAAAUAUCAAUGAUAAUCAAUUACCAAAAAGGCAUUCUGCUUGGGGGGGUGGGGUAUGGAAAGGAAUAUAUUGAUUUCAUGCAAUCCUCAAAAAAAAAAACCAUAAUGUAGAUUUGUUGAAAGUAACAGCUGAAAUAAUGUCAAAACAUGUCUUAGGGUUUGAGUGAUAACCGGAGAUUAAUGCUAAUGAGUUCCCGACACUGGGUUGGUAAUCCAGAGGUUUUGAUUAACAGCAUGGAGAACAUGGGUUCAGAUGCCAGGUUAAGAAUCUGAAUUCAUUUCAAACCUGGAAGUAAAAGAAAACACUGCUAUC